AUGACACAACCAACGCAAGCCACCUCGUCACAAUCUGCGUCUACGGGCUCUGUUAGAGCAGCAAAACCGAUGCCGAUGCAGCAGCUGCAGUGUAAUUUGAAAGCCCCCAACCAGCCAUUCCAACUUUCUUCAAUUCCGACAUCAAUAACAUCGUAUUCGAAGAUCGAAAAGUUGGGAGAAGGCACAUAUGCAACUGUAUAUAAGGCAAAACACCUACCAACAGGAUCGAUUGUAGCUUUGAAAGAGAUUUCUCUUUCUGUUGAAGAGGGGGCCCCCUCGACAGCCAUAAGAGAAAUAGCUCUCAUGCGAAGCCUUUCCCAUCCAAACAUCGUCAAUUUGUUGGAUGUCAUCCACACCGAAUCAACGCUUUGUCUUAUUUUUGAGUUUAUGGAUACCGACUUGAAAGUUUAUCUUGACGAGCAAUUGAAGAGAUUCCCACCCAGCCUUCCAAUGGCCACCAUAAAGUCACUGAUGAAAGACAUACUUUUGGGCAUCGACUAUUGCCACCAGUCAAGAAAGAUCUUACAUCGUGAUCUAAAGCCCCAAAACCUGCUGCUUCUUCAUCCCACGCCGUCAGAUGGAAAUAGCAGUUUGAUUCCGGUUUUGAAGAUCGGAGAUUUUGGCCUUGCAAGGGCUUUUGGAAUACCUGUGCACUCUUAUUCAAACGAGGUGGUGACACUAUGGUAUCGAUCGCCUGAUGUCUUGUUGGGGUCCAUUAAUUAUACCACCAGUAUCGACAUUUGGUCGAUUGGAUGUAUAUUUGCAGAGCUGAUCACUGGCCGGCCCUUGUUCCCUGGAAAGAACAACGAGGACCAAGUUGGGAUAAUAUUCAAGCGAUUGGGUGUGCCUCUGGAGAGCCAAUGGCCACAAUUGCCGACACUGCCCCUCUUUUCCAGGUUCUCCCCGUUGCUGGCACAUUUAAGAGCCAAGAAUUCCUCACAGCUUUCUGGAAUUCCAACCGGUUCUUCCCUUGCCACUCUUUUUCCAACGCUAGAUAACAUUGCCCUCGACCUGCUGUCGAGGCUUCUGCAGCCUAUUCCCGAACGUCGUAUUUCUGCCAGAGAAGCCUUGAUGCAUCCAUUCUUCACAUGA